ACUAACUCUGUGAAACAUCUAUACCUCAUUCUACAACGAAUCCCGAACCAGUAUCAAUAGUUUUUCGGAGCUAAAUUUCGGUGUACAUUUUUUAUUCCGAUUCAAAUUCAAAUUAAGAAAAUAAAAACCCAUUUUGAACAUGGCCAAUUUCAAGAAGCCAUUCGAGGUAAAUCGUCUUGUGGAACUGCUAAAGGCGAGCCGAGGAAUGACCAGUACUGGUAGGCGUCCCAUCUUUGAUGUGGAAACCCGAAAGGAUUUUAUGCAGCGGGUGAUCAACAGUGACCGUCCCGUGGUUGUGGACUUCCAUGCCAGCUGGUGCUGUCCCUGCAAGGCUCUGGCCCCGCGGCUGGAGAACAUCGUGUCCGAGCAGGAGGGCCGGGUGAGGCUGGCCCGUGUGGAUAUCGAUGAGCUUGGGGAUCUAGCCCUUGACUACAACGUGGGAUCCGUGCCCUCGCUGAUGGUCAUCAACAAGGGAAAGGUGGUGAAUCGCAUGGUGGGUCUGCAGACCAGCGAAUACAUUCGCAAGUGGCUCGCCAAGGUGGUUAAAUCUGUAAGGACCUCUGAGAAAUAAGAAUGACUAAAUUGGUAUUAUCAUCAUGUGUGGGAGCCAGAUUCAAUCAUAAUCAGGGCAGCACGUUUUAAAUGAAUUUUGAAUCAAAAAUGUAACACAUUUCUCCUUUUUGUAUUUUAAAAAUUGAGCUCAAAAUACAUAGCUAGUAAUUAUACUUGA